UUCAUCUCUCUCUCUCUUUCUCUCUCUCUGUCUCACUCACUCUCAGUUGCUGUGCUUAGACAGAUGGGGAUACACUGCCAAAGAGGACUUAGGGGCAAGGAGACUGUGUUUCUUUUCUUCUCCUGUGUCUUUUCUUUCUCUUCCGCCUGGCUUCCCUCACGAGCUGUUAAUUCCAUCCCUGGUCCUGAGGAUGAGGAGGAUCUAUUGGUGAGGAAGACAAAACAAAGGAAGAGAGAACAAGGAGCAACAGGGUGGUGAAUUCUCCGCGAAGGAGUGAGUGAGAAGAUCUUUUCUUUUUCUUCGGGCUCAAGUAAAAAGGAGUCCGGAAUCCCAGAAACAGCAGCCAUGUGAGAGGAGCUGCCAGUAAGAAGAGGAUGCCCACAUCCAGCUAAAUCCAAGCAUCUCCCCUUUCCUCCCUCCCUCCCUCCCUCCUUCUUCUUACAUGAGGACAAGAAGAUGACUAUCACCAGCCGGCAGCCCUUCAAUGUCCUGACGGUCAUUUUCCUCCUGCUGUCCACUGCAGCUCUCUCAGCUCAUUACCGAGUGUGUGAACCGUAUUCUGACCAUAAGGGGCGUUACCACUUUGGAUUUCAUUGCCCGCGCCUCUCUGACAUCAAGACGUACAUGUUCUGCUGUCACCACAACAACACUGCCUUCAAGUACUGCUGCAACGAGACUGAGUUCCAGAUGGUCAUGCAGAUCAACCUCACCACCACCUCAGAUGGAUAUGCACACAAUAAUUAUACAGCUCUGGUUGGUGUGUGGAUCUAUGGAUUCUUUGUCAUGGUGCUGCUGGCACUGGACUUUCUCUACUACUCAGCCAUAAACUAUGAGUUGUGUCGGGUUUACCUGGAGAAAUGGGGAUUGGGAGGACGCUGGCUGAAGAAGGCUCGGAGCCAGUGGCAUAGGUCCAUGCCAGAGGAAGGUGAAGCCCAAGCCCAACCCACGGUCUCCAGCCACUACCAGCCUCGACACAGCCUCCGUGACGAGGGCCACAGCCCUACGCUCCUGCCCUACAACACGUCCACCGCAUGGUGA